AUGGAGGCUGAGCAGUUGUUUCGGAAGGUGUCGACUCUGCAGGCCUGUAUCCGGGGAUUCUUAGUUCGACGUCAGUUCCAGAGUCUGCGAGCUGAGUAUGAAGCUACUGUACAGGAGAUCGAGGGUGACCUGAGCAUGGUGCAGUGGACUGAGGGCUGGCUUCCCCGGCCCCAGUUUCUCCCAAAGAAAGUAAAAUCCCAUCAGACUUGGAAAGCAGGAGAGAGGGUGUCAAAUCCAGAGAAGGAUCGAGGGAACCAUUUUCCAUGGAAAGAGUCUGAAGAGACAGUGCUGAAGAAAGCAGGGGACAGCUCAGAAAAUUCAGGAACUCUUCCCUGCCAAGAUGACAGCUCUGGACUUGAGGCUGAGCAGAGCGUGACAACCAGGAAACCCAAUCAGGAAGAGACCAGAGACUCAAGGAUGGGGAACUCAGAAGCCACAGAUCCAAGACGGGCCUACAGUCAGCUGGAGCUCCAGCAGGUCCAGCAGCUCCGCAGCCACUUGGCCAUGGAACUGCUGUGGCUGCAACAGGCCAUCAAUAGUCGUAAGGAGUACUUGAUUCUCAAACAAACACUGAGCUCCCCAGCAGUGGGCCAGAUCAGAGAUGGGCCCACUGUCUGUGAGGUGGCCCCCACACAAGCAACCCCACCACUGAAGGAGCAGUCCUCCAGAGACAGGACCCCUGAAGAGCUUGGCUAUUUGGAUCACUGCUGCAGGAGGGUCAAGUCACAGCCCCAAAAAUCCCCUGAAAGUCUGUCCAGCACCGACAGACCUACUGCUGGAGUCAAGUACAGGGAACCAUGCUACAGGAAGACUGGAUCACAGCAGCCUACACCGAGCCAUUGUUGUGAGAAGGCUAGAACUCAGCUGUUCACAGUCCCAGAGGAGCCGGCUAUUUGGAACAAGUCUCCCAGAGGGCCAGACUACCAAGAGCCUGAUUAUCAAAGAACUGGACUGUGAAAGUCAGACCUCUCAGAGGACCACAUCAGCUGGGGUGACCUGGCAGGGCCAGAGUGUGGCGGCCAGGAUCUCUGGAGAACAAAACCACCCAAGGGCCAGACCCCCAGUGAUAAAGCCUCCAAAGACGGACCCUCCAGUGAGUCUAGCCAUGAAGGAUGGACAAACCAGAAGACUGUACUAUGGAAAUCAAGGCCACCUAAGUACCUGUUACCCAAUGGGUCACACCAUAUAGGGGAUGACCACUGGAGGGACAGGCCAUGAAAAACAGGACCACCAGGCUAG